GGUUACCGGGAGAAGGUGAGGCGAGGCCCGGGCGCGGCUUCCAGCUCCCGGCGAGCUCCGGGCCGGGAAGUCCCGCUCCGACUUCGGUUUCACUUUCGCUCCGCUCCCGCCUGCGAACAUGGCGCUUGGUAUCAGCGGCCCGGCCCAGGAACUGGUGAAUGGAUUUAAGCGCGACCUGUGUAUCCAGGCCGAGACCCUCCUGGCAGAUUUCUUCCCCAGGAAGCUGUUGGAACUGGACGCUCUGCUGAAGGAGGAGGAGCUGAACAUUCCCGACCCGGGCUCCAUCCGUUCCGAGCUGGACAUUCCCAUUCCCGACCCGGCCAAGGACAAGCUGAAGGAGGAAGAGAAGAAGAAGAAGAAGGCGGCGGAGAAGAAAGACAAGGAGGAGAAGGGGAAGGACGAGAAGGAAGACAAGGAGGACGAUGAGGACAGUGGACCCCCCUGUGGCCCGGUGAGCAGUAACGAGAGGAUCGUGGCCCUGCUGGGCCGAGUGAAGCCCGAGGUUGCCCUGCUGAAGGAGAAGAGCAGUGUGGUGUCCAUCUGGCUCCAGGUUCAGAUCCCGAAGAUCGAAGACGGCAACAACUUUGGCGUCCAGGUUCAGGAGAAGGUGUUUGAGGGGAUGACAGGAUGUCGGACCAAGAUCGAGGGAUUUCAGACACAGAUCACCAAGUAUUUCCAGGAACGAGGUGACGCUGUGGCAAAGGCAGCCAAGGAACAACAUGUGGGUGACUACCGGCAACUGGUCCACCAGAUCGACGAGGCUCAGUACAGUGAGAUCCGGGCGAUGGUGAUGGAGAUCAGGAAUCAGUAUGCUCUGCUCUACGACCUCAUCAGCAAGAACUUCGACAAGAUCAAGAAACCUCGAGGCGACUCGAAGGCGCUGAUCUACUGAGGGAGGGGAUGGUCCCCAUCCCCUCUGAUCUGCCACAUCCUCUCCCCCCAUGCUGUCUACUGUGGGUCAAAUAUACCCGCCCCUGGGUGAGAGUACUAUGGACUUAACUUGUUAAUAAACGCUCUAGGUUUA